GAUCAAACUAAGACGGAGGCCGGAAUCGUUCCGGUUCAAGAAUUGGAGCGGUGCCUGAAAUGGCGGGAAUAGAAUGAUUGAGAGAACUAAGCAAUUUCACCAGUUUCACCAAAUGUCUGAGUUGCAAUCCAGGCAUUCGUACCUGAAUCUGGAUGCAUGCCCUGCCCUCCACUUCCAAGUUUCAACGACAUCGUUGUAAUUGUAGUCUUGUCUUCUCGUGUUCCUAGUCUCUCAAUCUUUUUUUUUUUUUUUUUUGUCCCUUUUCCUUUUUAGAUUCUUCUUUUUAUUUUCAAUAACUUUUCUAUUCAUGGCGCUUUUCCUAAGAUAUGUCAUGAUUGAGCUGGAAUUCCCGUUUGAAUUCCUGCAUCGUGCACAAAUGAAUGAGGUCUUUGCUUUUGGGUUUGCUUUUCUUUAUUAGACAGACACACUGAUGAGAUUUCCAUUAUGAUCGUUUUUGAUAGUGCUUAUGCUUUACCAAUUGUAUUAUCCACUUUAAUGCUUCUUUUCCAAUUAUUAAAAUUCUUUUUUCCGGUCCUACAAAAGGAACAUGAACGCUUGGUUGGAGACUUGUCACUUUAAUUUGUUGGCCUCUACUUUACUUUACGUUUCCUCUUUGAAUGAGAACAUGGCUCUCUUUUUCUGUUUAGUUUUACCUGUCGUGCAAGCUAUUGAAUGAUGCCAUGGUGCUAUGUCCAGAUUAUAUCUAAUGCUUUUCCACCAAUUUGGAAAGUACAAAUUUAUCUGUUAAUGUUCCUCUCAGAUGUUAGUUCUGGGUUUAUGUCUACCUGCAUAGUGUUCUCUGUUGAUGUUUUUGGCAUAUGUGGGUUUAAUAAUAUGCCAAAAGGUUGUUUGUUUUUGGUGAAACUAGCUGGUGCACUAGGUCAAAAGUGGAGAAAGAGUUUCUCCAUUUAGAAGUGCACUAAUGGUUUUUAUGUAAGUAUGAACCCCACAAAUCAUUUAUUUAAUCUGCCAUCAUCUUUCCAAUUUGCUAAUUCUGUGAUGAAUCGAGUGAUGUUUACGAUAGUUAGAAGUCCAUGUUUUCCAUAAAUGGAGAGUGGCAUGAUUAUGAGGCAUUGAAGGAGGCCGCUCCGAGGAUUGAAGGUAUUUAGAUGCAAAAAAUAGCUCUGUCGGUAAAAGUUUUUCAUCAAUCAAUUGUGAUGAAAAUGUGUUGGAGAUACAAGCUUGGGUUGCUUCUCAUUCUCAGUGUCGUGAUCAUGUGGGUUUCCUCUGCUGAAGUUACCCAGAGUAUUUUUGCAGAUUAUGAGCAACCAUUUGCAAUAUCAUAUGUUACAACGUCACUUUGGAUAGUUUAUCUUCCAAUAGCAUUGCUUAAGGACUGGUUGCUGAGUUUUUUGCACCGCUACAAUUCUAAACGUGGUGAUCUGAGUGUGGUUGGCCAAUCCUCUGUAGAAUUGCAGAAAAAUGAAGUGAAUAUUGCUUCCGAAUUAGAACCUCAAGGAGAGUUGAGUUGUAAAAACUGUACCGUAGACGUAUAUAGUAAGGAUGAGGGAACACCAUUGGUGGCUGUACAUAUAGGUAAAGAAACCACAUUGAAAAAGGAUCGCAAAUUCACUGCAAAGGAAGUUGCUGCUUUCGGCUUUUGUGUGGCUCCAAUUUGGUUUUUAACAGAGUACUUAACAAAUGCUGCACUUGCACGAACAAGCGUUGCGAGUACCACAUUGCUAUCCUCCACUUCAGGGUUGUUCACUCUUUUGAUUGGUGCAUUGCUGGGUGAAGACACAAUAAAUAUAAUUAAAGUUGUCUCUGUUGUUGUUAGCAUGGCUGGUGUUGCGAUGACAACAUUUGGGAAGACUUCAGCUGCAGAUGAAUUACAGAAGAAUGCAAAUGGAAAUGAGAAUCAUGCACUUCUGGGGAAUGUAUUUUCAGUCCUCUCAUCAGUCACUUAUGGCCUUUUCACUGUGCUACUCAAAAAGUUUGCUGGAGGAGGACAAAAUUUAGAUCUGCAAAAACUGUUUGGCUGUAUUGGACUUUUCACCUUCGUUGCUCUUUGGUGGCUAGUGUGGCCUCUGACUGCCAUGGGCAUUGAACCCAGAUUCACGUUCCCCCACUCUGCGAAUGUGGAAGAAGUUAUACUUGUCAAUGCUUUUGUUGGAAGUUUUUUGUCCGAUUAUUUCUGGGCUUUGGCUGUUGUUUGGACUUCCCCUCUGGUAGCUGCUCUAGGUGUUUCCCUUACGAUACCUAUUGCAAUGUUGGAGGAUAUGGUCAUCCAUGGCCGGCAAUAUUCUGUAAUUUAUAUCAUUGGAUCAGCUCAAGUAUUUUUGGGAUUUGUAAUAGCCAAUCUUUCGGAUUGGUUCUCUCAAAACUUAGCAUCCAAAGUGUCAAGAACAACUUCCCAACUGCAAUCACUCUCUUUUGGACCUCUAUGAUGUCUUGGACUGAUACCAUGAGACAAAAUGCUUUUUGGCAACUUAUAGUCAAGCUUAGAGAGCCAUCUGACAAGACCUUAUUCAAUUCAAAUAGGUUUCUUCUCUCCAAGUCUCCUCAGCAGACAUUCACUCCUGAGAGAGAGAGAGAGAGAGGUAUUCAUGUAGUGAUACAACUAAAUUUAUUGAAUCUAUUAGCUUAAACAGAUUGAGGAGUUGAAAUAUAAUAUCAAAGGUAGGAGAUCACAUUCUCAAAAUUAUGCAAUGUCAAUUCAUCUCCAAUAAAUAUUGUUCCACUUUAACAAUGGUAUUAAAGUAGAAGGAGAGUUUAUAUGAUUAAA